AUGGAGAACAGACCUACCUAUGAGAGGGCUCUUAAUGAGUCCCAUCUUCUGGAACAGCUUCCGAAUGAGCUUGCGGAACUCAUUCGCACUGCUUCCGGGACUCAGUACCUCAAUGCGCUUGCGGUUGGCGCAUUGCGGCCGACAUGUACAGAGAGCUUUUUUUGCUUAUACGAACCGAUUUUCGUCGAUUUAGCCGCGAGAUGGCUUGUGUCAGAUUUACAUAAUGACAAGAUUGGCAUCCUUUCCGCAUUUUCACGAAUCCUCCCCUUCGCGCCAUAUCUGCGAUCAUUUGCAAGCCAAUAUGCCGCCUCCCGGGCUGGACCUCUCUCGGCUUUGGCUACCUCCGAUGAGCCAUCGUCCCUCCAACUGGACGAUUCUACCCUCCGGAAUUUGCUCCUCGCUAUCUUCAGGCUUCUUUCCUACGACCUAGACGCGUUCUCCAGCACCGUAUCCCCCAUCCGACUCCAGACCCUCUUUCAGCACCGGACCCGAUCCGUCCGAUAUCUGGCUGUACGAUGUUUCGCCUUGUACAUGCGUGCAGCGGAUGCCGCCACAGAAGGCAUGAUUCAACAAACGCUUGGUGAUGAUCUCAUCGAGGGUGAAUGGGAAGGCAUUGUCAUCGACUACCGCUGUCUUGGUCUGUGGGAGGAGCGCCGCUGGAAUAAUCUGGUGGAUACUAUUCGACUUGCAAGGUCAAAUCGUCCAGAUUUGGAAAGCAUGUCCCAGGUUGAGAAACUAAGGGACUAUUUUACCACUCGAACAGCCGAAAUAUGCGGUGUCCUUGUUCCCCGGCUGAAUGAUCCAUCUUCGUUAAGUUCACCAAUCGUGAAAACGCCUACCGCCGUGGGAAACAUGCGGAAAAUUGCAACUUCCCUGAAAGUUUCGAAGCCCCUUUUACUUGUCGGCUUGCCGAACUCAGGAAAGACCACAUUGGUGAACGAUGUUGCUGCAACAAUGGGCCAGUUGGAGUCCAUGGUCACUUUGCAUCUAAAUGAACAAACUGACGCGAAGAGCCUUCUGGGAAUGUAUUCUACCUCUCCCACCACAGGAUCCUUUGCAUGGCAACCUGGUGUAUUGACCAAGGCAGCAAGAGAGGGCCGCUGGAUACUUAUUGAAGACUUGGAUCGUGCUCCGUCCGAAGUCAUUGGCCUCAUACUUCCCAUCAUCGAGCGAGGGGAACUGACUAUUGCCAGCCGGAAAGAGCGGAUCAAGUGUGCGGAUGGAUUCCGGAUCAUUGCAACAAUGAAGUCUUCCUAUAACAUUGCAGGCGAAGAAGUCGCUCCGAACACGACUGUUUUGGGGAGUAGAUUAUGGCAACGAGUGCAAAUAGACUCUCUUUCGAUUGAUGAGAUCCGAGAGGUCAUUGCGCACAAGUUUCCUCUCCUGGAGUCACGGGUUCAGAUCAUCAUGAGUGUUUAUCAGCGACUGUGCUCUUCUUUCCAUGGGAGCCUUGCCAUCAAGAGCUCUCAAGGCCGUACCCCAGGACUUCGUGACCUGAUAAAGCUAUGCAGUCGCAUGCACCGACGACUGCAACGCUUGGGGGCAAAGACCGGCUACGAAGCUACUCCGGAAGGCGCCGAUGACGAAAUAUUCCUGGAUUUCGUCGACAUCUUUUUGAGUUACAUCCCCGAGAAAUCCCUCUCGGACUCUCUUGCUCUUGUGGUCGCAGAGGCAUUGCAGAUAUCGCCGCAGCGUGCUCGAUUCUGUCUCCAUGAACGGACACCAGCAUAUUCGGACCAAGGAAACAAUGUGAUACUGGGCAGAGAGACAUGCCGGAAGGUCAAAGUGCCUAGUGGUUCGAUUUCGAAGCUUGCGUCCGAUUCGUCACGGUUUGCUUCUACUCGAGCCGCUCUGAAACUUAUGGAAGAAGUCGCGGCUGCAGUGCAGAUGGCGGAACCUGUUCUACUUGUUGGAGAAACGGGUAUUGGAAAGACAACCGUGAUCCAGCAGCUUGCUACAUUGAUGAGACAGAGGCUUACCGUCGUCAACCUGUCACAACAAAGUGAGAGCACCGAUCUACUAGGUGGAUUUAAGCCGGUGAAUAUUCGUACGAUGGCAGUGCCUAUGCUCGACGAAUUUAAUGCCGUGUUUGAACUCACGUUUUCCGCAAAGAAAAACCAAAAGUUCCUGUCCUCUGUCGCGAAGAGCGUAUCUAUUGGCAACUGGGUUCGGUUGGUAACGCUUUGGCAUGAAGCCGUUCGACUCGCAGAUGGCGUGUUCAAAUCGGGAAAUGGGUCUUCCCAGGGCGGAGGAGGCGACGAACAACCCGCGAAAAAGAGGAAGCUAGACUCACCAAAAUACCAAUAUCUCCGACAGAGAUGGGAAAGGUUUGCCUCCCAGCUGAACGACUUUGAAGCGCAGGUGUCUCAAGGAGAUGCCAAAUUUGCGUUCGCUUUUGUCCAAGGCAAAAUUGUACGAGCACUUCGGAACGGUGAAUGGGUUCUUCUGGACGAGGUCAACCUGGCUUCUCCAGAUACGCUAGAAAACAUUGCAAGUCUUCUUCAUCACGGCACUGAGGGCUCUCCCUCUGUCCUGCUCUCGGAAGCAGGUGACGUGGAACGGGUGUUCGGACACCCCGACUUCCGUAUCUUUGGAGCCAUGAACCCAGCAACAGACGCAGGAAAGAAGGAUCUGCCACCGGGCCUCCGUUCACGUUUCACUGAGCUUUACGUUCAGUCCCCAGAUAAUGACCUGGAUGAUCUUCUAGCAUUGAUCCAAAAGUAUCUUGGCGAUCUGACGCUAGGAGAUUCCCGGAUUGUGUCGGACCUCGCACACUUAUACAUGGAGACCAAAAGGCUCAGCAACGGGAAUCAACUCACAGACGGAGCAGGACAGCGUCCUCAUUUCAGUAUCAGAACGUUAGUGCGAGCCCUUGUUUACGUGAACGAUCACGCUCACAUAUAUGGUUUGCGUCGUGCUAUUUUCGAGGGAUUCUCUAUGAGUUUCUUGACGGUUCUAAGCCAGGAAUCGGAGCAGCUCCUGAUGCCACUCCUUGAGAAGCAUAUAUUCACCAACGCAAAGAAUGCGAGGGCUCUGCUGGGACAAACUCCUCGACCACCGAAUGAUGGUCAAGACUAUGUCCAGUUCAAGCACUAUUGGAUGCGAAGAGGCCACCUAGUCCCUGAGGAACAACCGCAUUACAUCAUAACGCCGUUCAUUGAGAAGAACCUGAAGAACCUGGUGCGAGCAAGCUCAACACGCAGAUUUCCUGUCCUGUUGCAAGGCCCGACAUCUGCAGGCAAAACUAGCAUGAUUGAAUACCUUGCGAAGGUUUCCGGGAACAAAUUCGUUCGUAUCAAUAAUCACGAACAUACGGACCUGCAGGAGUAUUUGGGGUCUUAUGUGUCGGGAGACGAUGGUACUCUUCGAUACCAGGAAGGUGUUUUGGUAGAAGCCUUGAGAAACGGAUAUUGGAUUGUUCUGGAUGAGCUUAACCUGGCACCUUCCGAUGUCCUUGAGGCACUGAAUCGCCUCCUGGAUGAUAACAGAGAGCUGUUCAUACCAGAGACGCAAGAAGUGGUCCGCCCACAUCCAAACUUCAUGUUGUUUGCAACGCAGAAUCCAGCUGGGCUUUACGGUGGUCGAAAAGUCCUAUCCCGCGCUUUUCGCAAUCGGUUCCUCGAGUUACAUUUCGACGACAUCCCGGAGAGUGAAUUAGAAUUCAUUCUGAAAGAGCGCUCUCAAAUAGCCCCUUCGUUCUGCACCAGGAUUGUUGCGGUUUACCGAAAGCUUUCGUUGCUUCGUCAGGCAAAUAGGCUUUUCGAGCAGAAGAACAGUUUUGCCACCCUACGAGACUUGUUUCGAUGGGCGCUCCGUCGAGCUGAUGAUCGUGAUCAGCUAGCGAUCAAUGGUUUCAUGCUUCUUGCAGAGCGAGUGAGAAAUCCACAGGAGAGAAUGGCAGUCAAGAACGUGAUUGAGGAGGUUAUGAAAGUCCGCAUUGACGAAGAUCUCAUAUACAGCUCCGCGGAACUAGAGAAACGUGCACCUCUUUUGCAAGAGCUUACACCUGGAAUUGUCUGGACGAAGGCGAUGAGAAGGCUUUUCAUCCUGGUAUCUGUUGCCCUGGAAAACAACGAACCCGUACUUCUUGUCGGAGAGACGGGUUGUGGCAAGACCCAACUCUGUCAAGCAGUUGCAGAGGCCUAUCGAAAGCAAUUGUUGAUUGUGAAUGCUCAUGUGAACCUGGAAACGGGCGACCUCAUCGGAGCUCAGAGACCCGUGAGGAAUAGGGCAGCCAUCGAAGCCCAGUUGACGGACGAUCUUCGGUUCGCUUUACACGAAGAAAACACAGACUCCAAGUCGCUUGAGGAGUUGAAGAGCUCAUUUGGAGCACUGAGCGCCGAACAAGCACAGAAUCUGGAUCUCGACCUGGUUCAGAGAAUUGAGAAGAACCUUGGACGCUUAAACGCAUUGUUCGAAUGGUCAGAUGGUAGUCUGAUCACUGCCAUGAAAACUGGCCAAUUUUUCCUUCUCGACGAAAUCUCUCUUGCCGAUGAUUCUGUCCUGGAAAGACUAAACAGCGUGCUGGAGCCGCAUAGGUCUAUCCUUCUUGCAGAGAAGGGGCCUAUCAAUUCCAUGGUCGUUGCCGAUAAGGGUUUCCAGUUCCUUUCAACUAUGAACCCAGGCGGUGAUUAUGGCAAACGCGAGCUUUCUGCUGCUCUGCGGAACCGAAUGACCGAAAUUUGGGCUCCUCAGCUCUCCGAGGAUGACGACAUUCUGCCUAUUCUUCAGAGGAAGAUCACACUGAGUUCUGAGGAAAUCUCGAGAGGGAUGCUACAGUUCGCAAAGUGGUUCAAAUGGACAUUCCAGAGCACAUCAUCUACGUCUCUCUCCAUCCGUGAUCUUCUCGCUUGGGUCGACUUUGUAAACAAAUGCGAAACCACUGAUCCAUUGUUUGCGAUAGUACAAGGUGCUGCCAUGGUCUUCAUAGACACCCUGGGGGCUAAUCCAGCAGCGAUGCUUGCCUCGUCACUUCACAACCUUGAAAGUAAUCGAAGGUUGUGCCUUGAGAAACUGCAUGAAAUCUUUGGAGUUGACGCAGCAAGUAUCUAUUUCCAGAAAGCCGCCAUUGGAGUUGAGGGUGGCUCUCUGCAUGUGGGACCCUUUGCACUUUCCAUGAAUGUCGAUUCAAACCCGGAUCCUGAGUUCAUCAUGGACGCUCCUACCACAAUUGCCAACUCUGUCCGGAUUGCUCGUGGCCUGCAGUUACCGAAGCCUAUCCUUCUGGAGGGUAGCCCCGGUGUUGGUAAAACGACUUUGGUGACUGCACUUGCUAGAGCCCUUGGGAAGCCACUUACGCGUAUCAAUCUUUCUGAACAAACCGACCUCACAGACUUGUUUGGCUCGGAUGUUCCUGUGGAAGGUGGUGAUGUUGGUCAAUUUACGUGGCGUGAUGCACCUUUCCUGCAAGCCAUGCAACGUGGAGACUGGGUGCUCUUAGAUGAGAUGAACUUGGCGUCUCAAUCUGUUCUUGAGGGUCUGAAUGCUUGCUUGGAUCACCGCCAAAUGGUUUACGUUGCAGAGCUUGACCAGACAUUCAAGCGCCAUCCGGAUUUCGUCCUGUUUGCUGCGCAAAACCCUCAUCAUCAGGGUGGUGGCAGAAAAGGCCUUCCGGCCUCUUUUGUCAAUCGAUUCACGGUGGUGUAUGCCGAUAGUUUCACCAACAUGGAUCUGAAGAAGAUAUGUGCAAAACUGUUCCCAGGGAGUCCAUCUCUCCAGACCGAAAGACUUGUGGACUUUGUGUCACGGUUAAAUACAGCUAUCGUACAGGAGCGUCGCCUGGGAGCUGUUGGUGGGCCGUGGGAAGUUAACUUACGUGAUAUUCAAAGAUGGCUUCAACUGGCAGAUCGAGGAACUUUGCAGGUCCCUGCGCAUAAUUUCCUGGACGUUGUCAUCUCUCAGCGGUUCAGAAGCCAAGAAGAUCGUGACAUGGUUACCUACCUCUAUAAGCAGAUCUUCAGCGACGUUCCAGAUUUCAACAAAAGUUACUAUCAUAAUCUCACGCCAGAUUUCGUCCAAGUUGGUCUGGGUAUCAUGGGAAGAGAUUUGUUAGUGCAACAGACUGCGGAACCGGCAAUGAGGAUACUCCCACAAGAUCUUCCUGUCCUUGAGUCCCUCAUGCUCUGUAUAGAGCAGUCGUGGCCAAGCAUCUUGGUAGGAGCUUCUGGUUGUGGCAAGACUACGUUGAUCAGGAAACUAGCUGCCUUGAAUGGUGCCAAUCUGGUGGAACUAGCACUCAGCGCUGACACGGAUACGAUGGACUUGAUCGGCGGUUUCGAGCAAAUGGACCACAAGCGCGAUGUGUCUUCUCUGAUGCAGGAGAUCUCUCUAUUCCUUCGGCGUUACAUCAUUUCCACACAGAAAGUUACGGACGGAGAUGUUUGUGUUAUCCAGCUGUUCGAAAAGCUGCAAAGCACAGACGCAUCAUUGGAUGAUGUAUACACGGCACUCUCAGAGCUGUACCGCUCCGACCCUCACGAGUCUCUUGAAAAGCUCGUUGCACGGGCGCGGCAGCUCCUCGAUAUUACGAAACACUCGGAACACAUGAAGGUCGGGUUUGAGUGGACUGAGGGCGUCUUGACUCAAGCGGUACAACACGGACAAUGGGUUGUCCUCGACAAUGCAAACCUCUGCAACCCGUCUGUUCUUGACCGACUGAACUCCCUGACUGAGCCGAACGGAGCUCUGAUACUGAAUGAGCAACGGACUGAAGAUGGUUCCGCUCGUAUCGUCAGGCCGCACCCGAAUUUCAGAUUGUUUUUGACUAUGGAUUCCAGACAUGGUGAACUAUCGCGCGCUAUGCGUAACCGUUGCAUUGAAAUAUGCUUCCUUCCCCAAGGAACGGCUACAGUGGAGAGCGUACCUGCACCUGCAUACACAUCUGAGUCCUUCCUAUACCGUCUACGGCCCGUUUUCUCCUUGGACUCGGUGUCCCAUUCUGAAGUUGUUUCAAGUAGCCUGUAUGAAGUCGGUUUGGAUCACCUCUCGAUCCGGGAUCUGGCUUAUCUACAGCGAUCUCAGAAGCUUUUGCUGCCAUACUUGUCCACGCCGGUGGAAGGAUCUUUGUCGUCGGUACUGGAUCGACAUGUAUCAGUUGUUCACGAUGUGUCAUCUCUCAAGCCUUUCGAGUGCACCAAGAAGUCAGUGAAAUUCGGUGCUGCUACGCUUUCGGUUCACGGGGCUUUCCAACCUCUCCAUCCGCUCGUGAAUGAGGCUCUCAUCUCGAUACUAGAGAAUGACGUAUCAGUCGCCACGCUCACAAUUCUCGCGCACAUCCAGGAGAGUGAUCUUGACCUCCAUCGCUUGAAGCAGGGAUUGUUGCGAGCCGAUGAAUCUGGCAAGCUCUUGAAACCUAGCCAGAUGUCGCGUUUAGAGCGGUCGUUAGCGUCGACGCGGAUACCUGCUUUGAUGAAAGAUUCAACGCAACCUGUGGCUUCUUUCCUAUCCGACUGUGGACAAGCUGUAUAUGAUUGCAUCAUGCAGGUGGACAGCAGUGCCCUCCAAGCUCCUCAAUUCGUAUAUGUGAUUCGAGCCGUUCUCAAUUUUUGUGCAGAUAUUUUCCGACUCACUUCGUCGGCUGGAGUGGAUGAGGGAGAGUUUCAGGUAUACUUGCAGAUUGGCCGGGAGCUAUGCGCAUCUUUAACGGAUUUGUGGAGCCCAUUGCAACCAUUGGCUAUGGCAUUGUCUCAAGCCCUUGGCCGUUUCCAGGAAAGUUGGGCCUUGAAAACGGGACUUAGUGUAGCGGCUGAAUUUACACGCAUCGCCACCAAGACUCACCUUGAUUUGGCCCAGUUGAGCCAGGUCCGGGACUCCUUGAUCAAUGCGCAGCAAAUAAUUCUGCUGGGAGGUGCCGAUGAAGGGCAGCUAAGCCUUGAUCAGACGGUAAAAGAGUUGGGAAAUGCCGUUCAAAGAUCACACUCCGCGGAGAGUCCUUACUUCGCUGAGCAAUUUGAAGUGUUAUGCCAAUAUCACGACAUAGCUUCCCUCUCAUUUCCAAAAAAAGAGGGCCAGGUUAUCCGGUCUGUCCUGCCACUUCUAGCUGGUCGAUCUGCUAGGCCUCUGAAUUGCUCCAACCUGCAAAGCCGAAUCCCCGAAUUCCUCCACAAAAUUUCACUUUUCUCUGGGUCUGAGCGUCCAUCAUUGUCAACUUCCGCUAUCAAUGGAACCUUGUCUUUGGGUCUGCUUGAAAAGUUGAGAUCCGUCGGCGAGACAAGUUUGGGGCAGAUGAAUGCAUUAGAGAUGGAGAAACAGAAUCUCUCGAACGUUCUGGCCUUGACGUCUCAAGAAAUUUCUAUGGAUCAGGUGAAAGUGUUGAGGCAGAUACUCUCAGGUAUCACUCUGGAUCUUGUUCACAUACACAAGGAGCUCCUUGAUGAACGGUCCUUCAAGCAUGUGGCGACUGUCUUGGAUGCAGUUGGGAAGCAAGGCUUCUACCCUGGUUCAACAUCGCUUGGUGUCAACAUGGCCGACAGCUUACCGGCGGAUCAUUAUUUCAGACCUUUUGCGGAAAGAGACCUUCCCAGCCUCAUUUCCUCUCUUUCUAUUCAGAAUGGACCUGAUAACAUGAACGAAACCGGGUCUGCAAUAGUCAAAUUGGCUGUUAUCCUGCUGCGGCUCUUCGUCCCCGACAAGCCCUUCGACCCCUCACUGAGUCUUGUGGUGCAAAGAAAACGGCAUUCGCAGCGUGUCAAGGAGCUGACCACGAAAUCUGAAGCUCUUGUAUCCUUCGAAGUCGGUUUCACCGGCUAUUCCACAAACUUGCGACAUAGGAUGGUCCAAAGUGAAUUAGAAAAUCUGGGUUCAGCACCGCCUCCAUCUUCUGUUACCCGGCCCCAAGAUUCAGAGAUGGGUAUCCUAUAUGGAGAAUUUUCUAGCCUGGUGAAGUCAGUUUUGGACAGGCAUCCAGAAGAUAUGCUACGGGACCCAUCUUCGCCGGAAUCUCAGCGGGUGAUCAGUCUGCUCCGUGACAACAUUCACCAACUUAGCCAACGGCUGGGAGGUAAUUACAGGUCAUAUGAUGACAUUACAAUCCCAGUCGUCCGGUUCCUACAGAUGUUAGAUCUUGGACUUUCAAUGACCUCCAGCAAAUCUCAGAGUUCCCGUACAUCCCGGCUACUGGACAAGAUCAGCGAGCGUACACCCCUCAUUGGUGGCCGCAUUCACCCCCUCAUCUCGAGUACUUGUGGACAAUCAGAAGCAAGUCCAAAACGAGCUAUCGAAAUGUGGCUUCAUGAGCUGUCCUCCGUCCGGGUUGCACAGAAUGCGGAUCAGAGUAUCCUGUCCACUGAAGCCGCUCGCAACACUCUUCGCAGACUCUUCGAGCAAUUCCAUACUCUAUGGAAAGCUAAGCUGCGAGAGGACCAAGAAGAAGAAGCCCAAAAGUCUGAGCUCUACCAUUACAAAGGGUCCUGGGAGGAUAGCGAAAAUGUCGACGAGAACGAGUUGCGACAGCUUUUCCCCACGUAUGAUGAGGAGACCAAUGAAGAUGACCAACAACCAACUCGAAUCGAUCCGAAGGCUGUCGCUAUCCGACUCGCAUCCCUUCAUUCCAAGCUCUUCCGGUCUGAAGAUCCCGGCAAUGUCCUAUCCGCUUACGUCAAAGAGUCUGCUUUGCUACUCGGCUCCAUUUGGUCAGACAGUGGAUAUUCGGUCUCACACAUCCAUCCCAAGGAACAUGUGUCUGGAAUCCUCCUAUUACUGGAAGAUGCCGUUCGCAAGGAGAAUGGUUCAGGAAUCAAAUACAACUUCUAUACGGAUUGCAACCUAGAUGAAGCCAAGAAGCUGGUGUCCCUGACCCAGUCUACUCAAAACCGGUUCAUCGAGAUUCAGAAAUCCUGGCCUGAUCAUGCGGUACUUGGUGAUGUUAUCUUGUGCUGUGAUGAGAUCUACCAGUUCAAGCAUACCGAGCCCGUUGCAAAAUUCCUUACUAAGGUCGAAAAACUUCAUGCGCUUGUGUAUGAAUGGCAACUCGUUGCAAGCAGGGAAUACUCCGCAGCCUCUAUCUUCGAUCAGAUCACAAGUCUCAUCAUCGGUUGGAGACGCCUUGAAUUGUCUACUUGGGCCAAACUCUUGGAUCUCGAAAAACAAAGGUGUGAAGAAGAGGUGGCUUCCUGGUGGUUCGUGGCCUAUGAGGCGAUCAUCGCAGCGCCCAUUCAGUUGGCUGAGUCAGGAGAAUCUCAGCUCGGGGAACAUAUACAAGGCGUUGUUGGCACAUUGGAGAAGUUCUUCCAAUCGACAACAAUGGGUCAAUUUACUGAGCGCCUGCAGCUCAUCAAAAACUUCCGGUCCUUGUUGUUGCUCUACGUCAACGAACUUCCCUCACUGAGCCGAUUAGCUUCCGCUUUGGACAAUUUCAUUCGCCAUUACAAGCAAUUCGAACCCCCUGUCCAAAAGUUCCUGGGUGAGAAGAGAUCGCAACUCGAGAAGGACAUCAAAGAACAGAUCCAGUUGGCUAGUUGGAAAGACACCAAUAUUGUUGCCCUCAGAGAAAGUGCGCGAAGAUCUCACUACAAGCUGUUCAAGUUGGUCCGGAAGUACCGUGAAGUUUUGUCACAGCCUGUCCAGCCCAUUCUGGACCAAGACAUGCCCGAUGACAAGGAAGAACCGCAUCCCACAAAUGAAGGAUUGAUCCUGCCAUCAGCGAGCAACCCAGAAGCGCUUGCUACAUGCCAAAAAGCGCAAAGUAUCUGGGUGAACCGGCCUCCGCGGUUCAGGGAUCCAGAUGGCACAGGUCGCAACAUGAUGAAUAUGUACAUGUCGCUCUCCACCGAGUUUGAUGUUUCAAACGAUCUCGAAGGCUUUGUGAAGUACUUCAUCGAAUCCAUCACCGAGUUCAAAUCGCAGACGCCGAAGGUCUUGACUGAAGAGAACAAGGAUGAUGUGCAGCAUCUCAAGGUUCAAAAGAAACGAUUCUAUGCGGACGUCCUACGACAGCUUUUCGAAAUGGGUAUCAAGCGCAGUGCCAGCACCAACUUGUUGGAAUCUCAGGCAACCAUUGCCCAAGUUCUUGCUACCAGUCCCAGUCUCGAGGUCGAUGGAGUGAUGUCAAACAUGGCUAUAAGCUCCGACCUUUAUUUCCAUCGCUUCCUUGACCUUCUUCCGAAUGUCCGUCAAGCAGCCCUCAAUUAUUCCGAGGAAUUGAGCAACGUGGAAGUUUCAAGAAGCUCUGGAACUGUCGAGCACCUGCUUUCAAUGAUUAGAAAACAGCGGACUGUCAUUUCUCCGGCCCUCACCGACUUGGGAUCGUUGCAGUCGACUCUCACCAAAAUAUCGAACCUCUGGUCUUCCAAACCUACAUCGCUCUCCAAAUCGCAACCAGAGUUUUCGAACGAGAGACGAGACAUAACCAGGACUGUCGCAUGGCUGGCACCUAUUCUUGGACUGGCGUCUAAGAUUGUGGAUAUUCAUUCGAAGUUCUCGGGUAUCGACUCGUCUUCGAUCUCCAAUGGGUUACAGUCUUGGAAGGACCGGUUUAAUGGCUUGCGAGCAUCCCUUGGCCAGCUUCCAGAACUUCCUGCGGGAAUCGUCUCCCAGCUACAUAAGUCUACUUUGGAUCAAGUUUCCUCAUCCUUCAAUCAGCUCAAGGAUGAGAUCAAAGCAUGGACUGAAAGUCGGCCUGAUCUAUCCUUCGCUUUGGACCAGCUGGCUCCUUGGGCUCGUGUGGACAUCAAUUCAAUGGAAUUGACCCAUACUGAUAACAGUCUCGCAGUAGCCGAUUUCGAUACCGCGUUACUGGGAUCCAUUGACAAGAUCCUUAUCAGUAUCCAAAAGCUCAGGGAGGUCCCAUCGCUAGUGGCGUGUGAAGGUUCGCUGGCGCGAAGCGACGAGUUCUUCACCCGGGCUGUGAAGGCUGUCCACCUUCCUGACAUCACAGCCUCCCUUGAGUCCGUUUUGGACAAACUUCAAAUUCUGGAAACUCGUCCAGACUCAGGGCUCCCUCUCGCAGUGGCCUUGGUGACAAGCUUGCUUCCUGUAAUGAACAAAUAUCACCGAAUUUGCCAGGACAUUGUGGAUCGCUUCCUGGUUGUACAUCGGGAGACGUGCAAAACAUCCUACAUUCUGGCAAAGACCUUCAAGCAGAUUGCAUCCGAGGGUUACUGUAGCCCGGCGGAGGCCUCUACAGAAGGUGGACAGUCUGGCGAACUAGAGAGCGGAACUGGUCUCGGUGACGGUGAAGGAGCAGAAGAUAUAAGCAAAGAUGUCGGUGAUGAUGAGGAUCUGACUGAGCUUGCGCAAGAGCAAACGGAGCAACCAAAAGACGAUAUGGAAAACACCGAAGAUGCUGUCAACAUGGACCAAGAGGAAAUGGAGGGCCAGGAAGGCGAGCGCAAAGAAGGUGACGAGAAGGACAACGAUGAGGAUGGGUCAGAAGACGACGAAGAGCAAGAUAUUGACGAAGAAGUGGGUAGUGUCGAUGACCUUGAUCCCUCGGCUGUUGAUGAGAAAAUGUGGGACGGUGGCCACGAUGAACAGCAGAAAGAGACAGAGAACGAGCAAGGCAAGGGAGAGGAGCAGUCUGGAGAAAAGACCGCUGCACAGGACAACGACAAGGCCGACAAGAAGGAUGAGGGUGAGGAAGGCGAAGAUCAAGAAGACACGGAAGAUGAGGAGGCCCCCGAGGACGAAGGCGAAGCGAUUGGGCGAGAAGACAUGGAUGUCACGGAUCCUCAUGCCAAAGAAGAGGAGGCGCUCGACUUACCGGAUGAGAUGCAACUCGACGGCGACGGCGAGGAUAACGACGAGGGCGAAAGCGACGAUGGUCUUGAUGAUGGUCUCGAUGAUGAUUUACCAGACGAUGGUCCCGCUCCUGAAGACGGUCAGCCACUGGAGGAUGGAGCCGAGCAGGACGAUGGAGCCGAUCAGCCCACCGAAGACCAGCAGAUGGAAGACGGGUUGGAAGAGGCCACUGAGGAGCAAGAGAUGCAGGAAGCUGAAGGGGAAGAGGAAGCCAACGCUCCUGGAGAAGACGAGCCUGAGGAACCUGAACAAGACAAUAUCCUGGCCCAGCAGGACGAGACCGAGCACACCGGUGAUGAAGUGGCUCCCAGUGAGGCAGUCAGUGGUGGACUCGGUGCAGAUCAAGACCAGAAUAAGGACAAGGGUUCAUCCGGCAACGCACAGCAGGAAGACGGCUCGACCGACCCGUCUGCCGACAAGAAUCAGCAAACAGGUGCCGCUCAGGAAGGCGAAGAGAAUGAGCGGCACAGAGAUACAGGCGGUGGUGCGGACUCGAAGCCAGAAGACCCACAGCUACAGGCGUUUAAGAAGAUGGGUGAUAUCCUCGAACAGUGGCAUCGUCGACAGAAAGAAAUCCUGAAUGCAUCCAAGCAGGAUGAGGAGGAACCUGAAAAGCCUUUGCCUGAGGAUACUGACAUGGCCGAUGCCGACUUUGAGCACCUCGCGGAUCAAGACGAUGUCGCAGACACGCAAGCCCUCGGUCAAGCCAGUGAAGAACAAGCCCAGGCGCUUGACCAGAACAAGGGGGUUGAAUCCGAUGUCAAACCCACUGAGAAGGAUACUUUGCCCGAUGUCUCCGAAGACCAGCAGGACCUUCCGGACAAUCAGAUGGAAGACGAAAUGCAAGUUGAUCGGCACGGUGUUCCUUCUGAUGAACAAAAACCAGGCGCCCUCAUUCCUGGUGGUUCUCGUGCCCACGAGCGCACUACGGAUGCUCAGGCUCAGCACGAGGUGAAUGAGGAGUUGGACGAGGUUGAUGCGCAGCUGGCAGAGAUCCAUCUCUCCUCCACUCUCCCACCGCUCACACCACGGGACGAGGCUCAGCGACUCUGGUCACACUAUGAAUCUACCACCAACGAUCUUUCGUUGUCCUUGACAGAGCAACUUCGUCUUAUCCUAGCACCCACGCAGGCCACCAAGUUGCGCGGCGAUUUCCGAACCGGCAAACGGCUCAAUAUCAAGCGCAUCAUUCCCUACAUUGCUUCUCAAUAUAAGCGAGACAAGAUCUGGAUGAGGCGCUCCAUCCCGUCUAAACGCAACUACCAAAUCAUGCUUGCGGUUGAUGACAGCAAAUCCAUGUUGGAGAGCGGAAGUGGGCAGUUGGCUUUUGAGACCCUAGCUUUGGUUGCUAAGAGUCUUAGCAUGCUAGAAGCUGGAGACUUCCUUUCUCCUCGGAGGCUGGAAUGCAGGCCUUCCAGCACUUCAGCUAUCAGCAAACAGGUACCAAUGUGCGCAAGCUGA